UCUCCGCCGGCCUGCCGCUCCGCCCGGCCAAGGGUUCAUUUGUCCUGCCACGCUGCCCCGCCUUCCCGGCGUCCACUUCCUGGCCCUCCCCACUUUCAGCGAAACCAACGAGAGGACACCGCCUGCAUCUAGAGCAGCCCAGCCAAGAGCGUAACCGAGGGGGACGCGAACGUGAGAGAAAAGCCUUGCGAGGCUGCGCUUUCUAGACGCGGCUACCUUCACCUAAAAAAGAUGCAUCUCAAAAACCACUCUGGAAAAAUGCUUUCUGAAAGCAGUUCAUUUUUGAAGGGUAUGAUGCUGGGAAGCAUUUUCUGUGCCUUAAUCACUAUGCUAGGACAUAUUAAGAUUGGUUAUGGAAAUAAAAUGGACCACCAUGAGCAUCAUCACAUACAAGCUCCUAAAAAAGAAGAUAUCUUGAAAAUUUCAGAGAAAGAACGCAUGGAGCUCAGUAAGAGCUUUCGGGUAUACUGUAUCAUCCUUGUAAAACCUAAAGAUGUGAGUCUUUGGGCUGCAGUGAAGGAGACCUGGACCAAACACUGUGACAAAGCAGAGUUCUUCAGUUCUGAAAAGGUUAAAGUGUUUGAGUCAAUUAACAUGGAAACUAAUGACAUGUGGUUAAUGAUGAGAAAAGCUUACAAAUACGCCUUUGACAAAUAUAGAGACCAUUACAACUGGUUCUUCCUUGCACGCCCCUCAACAUUUGCUAUUAUUGAAAAUUUAAAGUAUUUUUUGUUAAAAAAGGAUCCAUCACAUCCUUUCUAUCUAGGCCACACUCUAAAAUCUGGAGAACUUGAUUAUGUGACUAUAGAAGGAGGAAUUGUCUUAAGUAUCGAAUCAAUGAAAAAACUUAACAGACUUUUCAAGUUCCCUGAAAAGUGUCCUGAACAGGGAGGGAUGAUUUGGAAGAUAUCUGAAGAUAAGCAGCUAGCAGUCUGCCUGAAAUAUGCGGGAGUGUUUGCAGAAAAUGCAGAAGAUUCUGAAGGAAAAGAUAUAUUUAAUACCAAAUCUGUUGGGCUUUUUAUUAAAGAGGCAAUGGCUAAUCAACCUAACCAGGUAGUAGAAGGUUGUUGUUCAGAUAUGGCUGUUACUUUUAAUGGGCUGACUCCUAAUCAGAUGCAUGUGAUGAUGUAUGGAGUAUACCGUCUUAGGGCAUUUGGGCAUAUUUUCAAUGAUGCGUUGGUUUUCUUACCUCCAAAUGUUUCUGACAAUGACUGAAAAAUAAAAUAAGAGAAUGCAUGUGAUCACUGUAUAGGACAUGUGUUGUCAUUAUUUGUAGUAACAACAACAUAUCCAGUACAGCAGUAUGUUUCUUUUUAUUUCUCUUUUUCAGUUUGGUGACACUGGUUUAAUCACACAUUAAAAUUUAAAUAGGAUGAGUUUUUUCCUUAAAACAUAUGAAAAUGUCAAACAUGUUGGAAAGAAGUGUUUUAAGAAUAAUUUUGCAAAUCAAGCAUAUAUUUAUAAAUAUAUGUAAUAAAUUCUAAAUUAUGAACAUUAAAAUCUGUGGCACAUAGUUUUGCUGACUGGUUAAAAUUUUAACAUGUCUUUUAGCUUUCUAAGAUAUGUAAGUGAAUCUCUAGUUCUUAAUUUGUGAUUAAAGUAAAACUUUUAGCUAUGUUUUCAUUACUUCUAAUGUUGGUUUAUGUUCUAAGCCUCUGCAAGUGCCAAUGAUUUUGCUUUCUCAAAAUACACAAACAACAAAGGAAAUGUUCCCAGCCAAUGUAAAAGUUGAAGUUGACAUCCAUCCUUGAGAGAAAAAUUGACAAUUACAUAGUAAUUUUCCUGGGAGCUAAUCUAAUGGCAUUCCUUAGCAUACACAAUUUCAAUGUAACUCUCUGUACAUCUCUAUGCAAAUACUGAAAUUGGAGUGGUGACUACAGCACUGGUGACUUGUAUCUCAGCUGUGUCUCAGAUAAAACUAUAUCAAUUGAAAUUUAUUUACUCUUGCUGGGCAAAUGAGUUCUGUGGAAGUCUCCUUUGAAAAACUUUUGGCAAUCAGGCAGUUUCCUUUAACCUGAGUUGAGUCUUUCCUAGUUUUGUUUACCUGUUCAAAUUUUGAAAUUUUUCCCCAUGUUCAUGCUUGUACCAUAUUCCAACUGGUUUUGGUGUGGAAGCCUUAACCUCACCAUUCACCUUGGAGUACCAUACCAUUUGUCUAAUUUAAGUGGCUACCCAGAAGUUUUAUCCAGUGGUGAAUACAAUAGCUCCUGUCCUUAUAAAUGUGUGAAAUACUUGGAGCUGAUUUGUCCUAUAAUUGGGCCUGCACAUGCUCAAUUAAAUUAGAUCCAUAAAGGCCCCAUAGCAUGUGAGACCAUGAUAUUUUAGAGAUCAGUAUUUCCUGUAACUGAGCUCAUGAAGUUAAUGGUCUCCCACAGCUUUUGCAAACCAGAAAUUUCCCCAAGAGGACCUUGGGCUUAAAAUUAUUGAUCAUCAGAGUAGUGUGUAAAAAACCUUUUGUUUUAAAUUAUCUGAUUUUCUGUAUUAGACAUUUUUGUUAAAAUGAAGGGUUAUUUUGAAAAAUAAUAAAACCCCUUUAUCAAGCAACUUAAUAUGUGGUCUCAGAUGCAAUUACUACAAAUCAAAUCAUGUUCACUGUGAGUCCAAUGAUAAACUAUCUCACUGAUUAUAACACCAGUUUAUGAGGGCCACCUUGCCCCCAACACCAAUAUAUUAAUUGUCUACUAUAUUAUGUUUGGUUACAUUAGUGUAUAGACAUAUAGUUGUAAUAAAUAUAUCAGUGAAUGCA